AGAGGUCGGAUGGGGAACGCAGCGCCCCGCGCGGUCCCGGCGAACGCGAGCCAGCUGGACACGGCGUCGCAAUGCCGGACGCUCCUCAUGGAGUACAAGUUCCCGAGCAGCACGAUGAACCUCGUCUUCAGCAACCUCCUCGGCGACGGCAAGUUCCUCAAGACGGUCCAGUGCAAGUGCGAAGAGGGCGUCGUCGUCGUCAAGCUCUACCGGCGCUACGACACGUCCGAGUCGCUCGAGGCCGCGCGCGUCCAGCUCGCGCAGCUGCAAGCGGCCUUUGGCGUCAUGGAGGCGACGCCCAACAUCGUGCCCUACGCCCACUUUCAGCUCAGCACCAAAGUCAACGCGGCCUUCCUCGUGCGGCAGUACUUUGUCGCGAACCUCUACGACCGCAUCUGCACGCGGCCGUUCCUUUGCGACAUUGAGAAGAAGUGGAUCACGUUCCAGCUGCUCAAGGCGCUCGAGCAGUGCCACUCGCGCGGGAUCUGCCACGGCGACAUCAAGCAAGAAAACGUCAUGGUCACGAGCUGGAACUGGAUCUUCCUCACCGACUUUGCGCCGUUCAAGCCCACGUACAUGCCCGAGGACGACCCUGCCGAGUACUACUACUACUUUUGUGCAAGCGACGCCUCCCGCCGGUCGUGCUCGGUCGCACCCGAGCGCUUCUACGGCUCGCAUCGGGACGUGCUCUCGCGCCUCGCCGACAGCGACAUUAGCGUCGAAGAGUUUGACAAGCACGUCAACAUGGCCCGCGCGACGCCGUCCAUGCCGUCGACGCCGUCCUCGACCGCGACGCCCAAAGGCACCCUCCACGAGUCCAUGGACAUCUUUGCCACCGGGUGCGUGAUCGCCGAGCUCUUCAAUGGCGGCAAGCCGCUCUUGACCUCCCGACGCUUCUGCGCUAUCGCACCGGGGACGUGACGGCGCUCGCAACGAUCCGCAAGCUCCAAGAGACCGACCCGGCCCUCGCCGAGAUGCUGCGGCACAUGCUGCAGCGCGACCCGCGCCAGCGCUCGUCCGCGGCCGCGUACCGCCUCCAGUACACGCAGUCGAUCUUUCCCGCGUACUUUGACGCGUUCCUCUUUCGCUUCAUGUCGCUCGUGCUCUCGCGGGGUGGGAAGCUGCCGGACGCCCGGAUCCGGCUCGUGUGCAAGUACUAUGGGCGCAUCGUGCGCGAGCUCGUCGGCGUCGACGACAAGGAGGGCGAGGCCUUCUUCACGCACCGCCUCAAGGAAGGGUACGGGUCGGACCGGUCGCAUUUCACCGACGACGUGGCCCAGCGCAUGUACAGCGAGAUGGAGCACCCGCUGGACGGCAUGCCGCCGCCUCUCGACGCGUCGGACGAUGUGGCCGAGACGCUCUUGUCGACGCAAGCCAAGUUUAGCGUGUACGCCAAGCGCAAGCAUGAGACGCUCAAGCGCAUGAAGAAGGCAUCGGUCAAGCCCAGUGCUUCGAUCCGCGAAGAAGACCCGAUGCACGUCGUCGACGACGGCGACGUGCUGCCGGCGUCGGACAAUGGCAUUAUGAUCAUCCUCUCGCUGCUCUGCUCGAGCGUCCGGCACUGCGGCGUGCCCCAGUCCAAGCUCACGGCGCUGCAGCUCAUCACACGACUCGGCGCCUUUGCCGACGACGAAGUCCGGCUCCAGCGGCUCGUGCCGUUCGUCAUGGAAGUCCUCGACGAUGCGUGUGCAGCGGUCCGCGCCGAAGCCAUCCGCUGCGUCUCGUCGCUCCUCUCGCUCGUCAAAAUCUUUCCACUGUCGGACGCAGCGAUCUUCCCGCAGUACAUUUUGCCGGCGCUGCAGCACUUUCCGUCGGACGCCGAGGAAAUGGUCCGCAUCGCGUUUGCCGAGUGCCUUCCGUCGCUCGCCGAGUCGGCGCGGCGCUUCCUCGAGAUCUCGUGCACGCUCAAGAUGCGGGCGCUGCAUGCGACGUCGACGAGCACGUCGCUCGAGACGACGGCGCGGCAGACCAAGAGCAAAACCACCAAAGACGGCAAGAACGGCGACGCCACCUUCUCGACGUUUGACGACGAACUCAACCGGCUCCAUCUGCUCGUGUCCCGCUUUGUGAUUCAGAUUGCGGCGCCCGACCAAAAGGCCAGUUCGAGCCUCGUCAAGCGCGCGCUCUUGCAUGAUAUCACCCGGCUGUGCAUCUUUUUUGGCCGCGAGCGGACGCUGGACGUGGUCUUGCCGCAGCUCAUUACGUUUCUCAACGACCGCGACUGGGAGCUCCGCGCGACGUUUUCGAGUUUAUCACGGGCGUGUGCUCGUUUGUCGGCCACGUCUCGGUCGAGUUCGCUCAUCGACAUUCAAGAGCUCGUGAUUGCCCGCGCGCUCCUCUGCCUCGCGAACCUCUGCGCGCUCGACAUGUUUCAGCGCACGGCGCUGCUCGAGAAGGCCAAGCUCACGGCGCCACUGCUCUUGCAUCCUGGCUGGUGGGUGCGCAGCGCGAUCCUCAAGCUGCUCGCGGCGAUCGCCAAAGAGAUGGACGUCGUCGACCGGAAUGUGUUUUUGCUGCCGCUCGUGCACCCGUACUUGCGCAAGAAGGUGCGCCUUUGCAAGGACGACGACGUUGCGAUCGUCUUGCGGGACGCGCUCCGACCGCACGUCUCGCGCGAAGCCUUUGACGCGGCGCUCAUGGCCCGCAACGGCCCGCACCUCUUGCUGCCUGCGGGCGACGACGCGUAUGUCGACGACGACGAGACGAUGAGCCGGGCCGAGAGCGGCGACGAGAGCUUCCAUCUCGAGAGCUCGACGCCGGCGCGCCGCAUGAAAUUCAACAGCGAAGACUCGCUGGACGGCUCCAGCACCUUGCACGACUUGAAAAAGUCGACGAGCGCCCAAGCGAUUGCGCGCUACGAACGCUACUACGUCGGGUCGAGUGCCCACGACGAGGGCGUCCGGCUGGCGCUCAUGCACCAGUACAUUGCGAUGGCGUCCAUGCACAUGCGCAGCAAGAUCCAGCUCACGAAUUCCGAGCAAGUCGCGCGCUACAACGGGUCGGACGCGCCGUUCGUCCCGUUUACACGCAAGAUUCCGAAAUCGUCGCUGCAUUCGCUGCGCGUGCCGAGCAUGAAGGUGGCGCUGACCGUGCCGCUGCCGCUCAAGCCGUUUAGCGCCGUCUUGAAGCAAAGCUCCAAGAAGGACCGCGAGGCCGGCCUCAUCAAGUGGGAGAGCAUGCCGCUCGCGCACAUCAUCCGACUCUACGGUCUCCAGACGGGCAGCCUCGCGACGGACGCCUACCAAAGCGUGUACGACGAGUCGGCGACGCGCGCCAAGGUGCUGCAACACGACCACGUGCACGACCCGGCCCUCUUUCACUCGCACAAGCUCCUCGCGCGGCUGACCGCGCUCGACAUUCCGCCGCUGCCACUCGACAUGGGCCCGCUCCGCACGAACGAAGGCGCUGUCUACUCGCAUGCGAUGACGACGGCCACGCCCGCGUCGCUGCCGGUGACUACGGCGCUGCCCGCGAGUGCGCCGCCGACACCGUCGUCGACACCGUCGUCGUUGCCACCGACGCCGUCGUCGGCCUUGGGGACGCCGUCGUCGGCGAUUGGGCCGAUUGUGCCAUCGGCCGCGUCGAAUGCCGCCGAGAUGUUUCGCAAUUGGCGGCCGCGCGAAAGUGUCUUGGCGGCCGAGCUCACCGAGCACACGGGGCCCGUGCACCGUCUCGGCGUCGCGCAAGACAGUUCGUUUUUGGCGUCGGCGUCGAGCGACGGCACCGUCAAGCUCUGGUCGGUGCGCAGCCUCGCCCACAGCAUCAACCAAGGCAGCCGCGGCACGUACGACGCGCAAGGGGGCGUGCUCACCGACAUGGUCGUGUGUGAAAACUCGCACUCGCUCGCGACGAGCUCCAGCAACGGAAGCGUCCACGUCGUCCGCGUCGAGCGCAUGAGCUCGACCGGCGCGCUUCUGACCGUGCCGCUUCGCGACAUGCACGUGCCGAACGACGCGGUCGUCGUGCUCGACUAUAUGAACAACGUGACCGAGUCCCUCUUGGUGUACGGCACGCGGAGUGGCGCGAUCUACGGGUGGGACUUGCGCUUCCGUCGCCAGGCGUGGAAGCUUCAAGUGAGCGUCGAGCUCGGCCACAUGACGUGCAUCACCCACUCGUCCGAUGCGACGUGGCUCGCCGUCGGCACGAGCCGCGGGUACAUUUGCCUCUGGGAUCUGCGCUACCAUUUGCUCAUUCGCGUGUGGCGCCACUCGUCCUUUCACGCGAUCCAGCGCCUCGAGCCGUGCUACGUGGUGGCCAGCCGACCGGACGCCGCGCGCAACUCGCCGCUCGUGUACGUGGCCGCCGGCGACGCGGAGGUCGCAGUCUUUGACUUGAGCAUUGGCGCGUGCCGCGGCGUCUUUCGCACGCUGCACACGCAAGUGCAGCUCUCGGAGGCCGACGCGUGUCCGACGCUGCACCACGUGCAAGUGCCGAGCCGGAGCAAAGACGUGCUCGCGAGCGUCCUCGGGCCGCAGAACUUUACGCAGGCGCUCGACGAGAUUGCGGCGACGACGACGACCGAGGAGCCGACCGUGCGAGCGAUCGUGACGCCGUCCGAGUACUCGCUUCUCACGGCCGGCGAGGACCGACGCAUUCGGUUCUGGGACCUCCGCAACCCGAAAAAGUCGCUGACGGUCUGCGGCGGCGACGCCUCGUCCUUCUACGACAGCCAGGACGCUCCUUCCGGGUGGUGGAAGCUCAAGGGCGACGAAAGCAAGAUGGACCCGCCGACGAUCCAUCUGUGUCAAGACGCGUCGUCGUACUUUGGUGACAGCACGGCCGACGGGGUCGCGCCCAACCCGGCGCUCGAGCGGCGCGGCCCGAUCCCGCCGUCGCCGGCGCACAACGACUGCAUUUUGGACCUCAAGCUCGUCGACGUCAACGGCCCAAUGGUCGUCUCGAGCGCGCGGGACGGCGUCGUCAAGGUGUGGCGAUAA